UUUGUAUCACCAUUAAUUAGUUUCUGUAACCAAAUUAAGCACGACCUUAGUUCAUUGUUCAACUCACUCAGAAUGGCCGAGUCUUUCACCACUGAUUCUUUUUCUAGCUGCUAUCCUCAUCCAGAUUAUGCUGAGAUAGUUGUGGUUCGUCAUGGUCAAACAAUUUGGAAUGCUGAAAGAAAAGUUCAGGGGCACUUGGAUGUUGAAUUGAAUGAAAUUGGAAGACAACAAGCACAUGCGGUUGCUGAUAAACUAUCCAGAGGACCAAAGAUCUCUGCAAUAUAUUCUUCUGACUUGGAGCGUGCUUUUGAAACAGCACAGAUAAUUGCUUCUAAAUGUGGAGUCCUAGAGGUUGUGAAGGAUUUUGACCUACGAGAAAGACACAAAGGAGAUCUUCAAGGGCUUUGUCAUCAUGAUAUAGCAAAGACUAAUCCCAUUAGUUACAAGGCUAUGAUGUCUGAUAAUGAAGAUCAAGAAAUCCCAGGUGGUGGAGAAAGUAUUAAUCAACUGUUUGAACGUUGCAAAUCUGCAUUACUUAGAAUUGGCAAAAAUUACAAAGGGGAGAGAGUUGUCGUUGUCUCUCAUGGAGCAUCCAUUGAAAUACUUUACAAGUGGGCUUGUGUGAAUGGAUAUGAAGGAAAAAUACACAAUGCAUCUAUCAGUAUUUUUCAUUUGUAUGAUGAGGACAAAUGGACAUUAAAAGUGUGGGCUAAUGUUAGUCAUUUGAGCACAAAUUGAUUUUUUGUACAAUAUGAUCUUGGGGGUAACAUAAGUUUUAAGGAAAAUUCCCUUGAAGUCCCUCAAUAUGCUCUUAGGUCUUCUAAAUUUCUUUGAGCAUAUUGAAAAGUCUAAAGAGAAUUUUCCAAAUUUUAAUUGAGUUGUAAUGUGUUGUUUCCCAUUCAAAGUUAAUAAAAAAAAGAAUAUCAAGUGGUGUUACUAAAAAUGAUGACUUUGUGCCAAUGAGAUGAUUUUUUUUAUUACC